AUGAAAGCGUUGGACUGUCUCCUGACACUACUGGAAUCCGAUAGUAACCUGUCUCAUAAUCAUUAUGCGGGCAGUUGUUCGCACCAAAGAGUUUCUGCCCUACGGUUCCGUUCGCAUUUCUCUCUCCCCAAGCGCCGACUGUUUUCCACAUCUGCACCCUGGGGCAUGAAUCUACCACCUGAAACCGAGCUAUACGAACAAACUGACGGCCGCUGGCUCUUCAAUGAGGCUCAACAACAAGAAAUCCGGCGCGUCAAUUUCAACGUUUCUGAACUCAUACGUGUUGCAUGUGCUGCUGCUGGUGCAGGUUCUUGCUUAUCCAUCCAAAAAAUUGCUGAAGGAUCCUUCAAUAAAAUCUUCCGCCUGCGCUUCGACAACUCUAAAUCACUCGUUGCCCGCUUGCCCUCUUCACAUAUGUUUGGCAGUGGGGUCUCUUGGGCCGUUGCGAGCGAAGUUGCGACCAUGACAAUUGCUCGCGAGAAGCUGAACGUUCACACACCGCGUGUAGUUGCGUGGAGCAAAGAGUCGGACACAAGCAAAGAUCCCGUUGGCUGGCCCUACUUUCUGAUGGAAGAUGUAGACGGUGUCUCGCUGGACAAGGAAUGGUUCAUGCCAGAGAUGCGGGGUGCUCCUGUGGCGGAGCUGCUCACGCAGGUCGGCAACGAUAUGCACAGGAUGACUGUCGCCCCGUUUUCGCAACUAGGCAGUCUCUACUUCCCAGCCGACCUUCCCUCUGCCCCACCUCUCGCUGCGCCGAUGGUGUUGGAGGAUCAGGUGCGUGUUGGCCCCAUCGCCGAUCCUUUGUGGUGGCGUUCGUAUCAUGACGAACCGCACCUCGAUCGCGGCCCAUGGGACACGCUGGAGGACUAUAUCAAUGCUGCUGUGCGUCUUGAACAGCGUGCCGUAGAGCGCCACCGCGAAGACCCUCCUCUCUGUCCUACACAAAGUCAUCAGUUGAAGACCUUGUCCAAGUCGAACGUCUUCUCGACAAGGUCACAGCACUGGCACCCCAUCUUCAGCAAGCUAUCGAACGUGCCUCUCCUUUCCCAGCACGAUUUAUGCAGAAUGUCCUCUUACAUCCUGACAUCCGCGCUCAAAAUAUCAUGGUGCCCAAGCUUACCGCCGAAAACAGUGAAACUCGGAUGA